CGUUGCCAUGGUGAACACAGCCUUUUUCUGUAGGUUGUGGCCAUAGGAGGCUUGUAUUGGUGGUGGAUGACAGGAUAUAAACAAGCUCCAGUGAAGCUUGGGCACUUGGAGGAAAACUGAACAGUCGCAGCGCAGUGAAGAGUGAAAACAGAAGCUCGAAAUGGUGAGGGGUAAAGCACUGGCCCGUUGUGGGUUGGUUCUGCUGAGUUUGUGGCUUUGUAUCCAGUCAGUGCCUAUCAGUGUGGACAAGACCAAAGAAAAGGCUCAUGAGGAGGAGCUGGGGCCACCACAGAGUGCUGAGACUGGGCUGCACUAUGACCGCUACCUCAGGGAAGUCAUUGAGUACCUCGAGAAAGACCCCCACUUUAAAGAAAAACUAAAAAAUGCCAACAUGGAUGACAUCAAGCAAGGCAAACUUUCCAAAGAGCUGGACUUUGUCCAUCACAAUUUUCGGACAAAGCUGGACGAGUUGAAGAGGGAGGAGAUGAGUAGGCUACGGAUGCUCCUCAAAGCCAAAAAUGACAUCCAGGAGGGGAAUGGCCGGACAGUGGACCAUCAGGCCCUGCUGAGACAGUUUGAGCACCUGAACCACAUGAACCCAGACACUUUUGAGGUGGAGGACCUGGACCGCCUCAUCAAAUCGGCGACCAAAGACCUGGAGAACUUCGACAAGGACCGCCAUGAUGAGUUCAGGAGAUACGAGAUGAUGAAGGAGCAUGAGAGGAGGGAACGUCUGAAGAACAUGAAUGAGGAGGACCGCAAGAAGGAAGAGCAGCAUUACGAGGAGAUGAAGAAGAAGCACGCUGAUCAUCCCAAAGUUAACCAUCCUGGCAGUGUGGACCAGCUGAAGGAGGUGUGGCAGGAGGCAGAUGGUUUGGACCCAGAAUACUUUGACCCCAAGACGUUUUUCAAAAUGCACGACAGUAAUGGAGAUGGUUUCUUUGAUGAGACUGAGCUUGAAGCUCUCUUCACUAAAGAGCUGGAGAAGGUGUACAACCCUGAAAAUGAAGAGGAUGAUAUGGUUGAGAUGGAGGAGGAGAGGCUGCGAAUGAGAGAGCAUGUUAUGAAUGAGGUGGACACCAAUAAAGACAGACUUGUGUCAAUGAGUGAGUUCAUGGCGGCCACUAAGAAGGAGGAGUUCUUCGAAAAAGACGAGUGGGAGACUUUAGAUCAAAACUCCUUCUACACUGAGGAGGAGCUGAAGGAGUAUGAACAGCACCUGGCCAAUGAGGAGACUGACAUCAACAAGAAGUCGGUCGAGCUGCAGAAACAGAGGGAGGAGCUUGAAAAGAAACAAGAAGAACUUAAUGCUCAGAGGAUGGGGCUACAGCAGGCCGUAGAAGAAAUGGAAAGGUUAAAAGCCCAAAGCACAAAAGCUGAGGUCAAACGUGAAGGUGAACCAGCAGCAGUUAUACCAGGAAACAAUCAACCUCUGCCCCCUGGUCACCAGCAGCAGGACUUACCAGUGCCAGGACACUCUUAGCAGGCCUCACCACUCUGUGUGUGUGUGUGUGUGUGUGUGUGUGAAUGCUUGUGUGUGUGUGUGUCUGAGAGUGUUUAUUUUGCAAUGAUUCUAAUUUUCUGUUAUUUUCUUUUUUUUUUUUCCAAAACACCACAAGACAAAAAAUAUAUAAGUAUUAAGAGCACAUUAGAAUCUGAUUUCAGGCUUCAGAUUUAGUGCCGACAUGCCAUUCCCCUUCAUUCGGCUGCAUGAACCAGACUUAAAAUGUGGAUCUGGUCCAGUUCUCUAUGUGGACAAUCGACCCUUUUGUUUUUGACGUUUUAUCACAACAAGGACUCUGUUCUCCAUGGGAAGUGCUUUGGGGUGGAAUUGGGGGGGGGGGGGGCUUUUGGCCUGAUCCGCCAAUGUUUUGUUUAGUGUACACUGUGGUUCAUUGUCACUGGUACUGUCUCUUAGAGAAAAAAAUUUGGAAAUUAUUUAUUUUUUCAGGUGAAGAGAGCCUGUUAUUUAAAAAAUGAAUGUUAUAAAUGUAGCUUUAGAAGUUAUGUAGAAAUACGAGCAAAUGAAUGAAAUGGUCCUAUCUGAGAGGUACAUUUUUUUCUUGUGGUAAUAGCAGUUUGUUUUCUUAUUUCUCUUUUUUUUUUUUCUUAUAAAUAAGACUUGAACUCUUUUCACCACGUUGAAAUGAAACUUUGACUCUGUAUCUCUCUUUAGGUUUAAAGAAGUUUGCUAUUGGUCAAUAUCUCAAAUGAUUUUGUCCUCUUAACUGUUUUUAUACGUUUUCUUAAGAGGACAGUUCUACUUCAACAUCAGCCAUCAUUUUCUUAGAGGAAGUUUUUCCAGUUUAGAUCAUUUGCAAUGGAACUCCUUAAUGCACACAAGGCUAAAGAAAAUGUAAAUUUACACCUACGUAAAAUGCUUAUUCCCUCAGUUGGAUUUUCUAGUUGAUGAUGGUCGAAGAAUAUAUUUAGCUUACAGAUGAAGUUACAUCUAUUUAUGUGUGUGUGUGAGAGAGAGAGAGAGAUAGUCUGAAUCUGUCAUUUCUCAUAAUAGAAUUAUUUAUUUAUUCAGUAACACCACAGUCGAUGAAACUGAAUUAAAAUCAAGAGACACAUGGUCAAAAACUGAUCUUUGUUUUAAUCUUAGAAUAAUGCAACAGAUAAGAGAAUAAGGACACAAAGACAGAUCUUAUGAGGAAGAUAUUUUUAUGUCACAUCUGUCUGUUGACCCCAGUUUACCUGCUACAGGUGUAUUUUUAUUUAUUUUUCUAUGGCCGUUUCAUAAAAGCAGUUAAAUCCUGUCUAACUAAUUUAUGAAACUGUUGUAUGAGGUUUGAAUGUAGACAAUAAAGUGAAUGAGCUUGCA